GCCGCGGGGAUCCCGGGGCGGCCAAGGGCCCCUGACUCGGCUCCGCGCGGCGACAUGGAUCGGAUGGCCAGCUCCAUGAAGCAGGUGCCCAACCCGCUGCCCAAGGUGCUGAGCCGGCGCGGGGUGGGCACGGGGCUGGAGGCGGCGGAGCGCGAGAGCUUCGAGCGGACUCAGACUGUCAGCAUCAAUAAGGCCAUUAAUACGCAGGAAGUGGCUGUGAAGGAAAAACAUGCCAGAACUUGCAUCCUGGGCACCCACCACGAGAAGGGGGCGCAGACCUUCUGGUCUGUGGUCAGCCGGCUGCCUCUCUCGAGCAACGCCAUGCUCUGCUGGAAGUUCUGCCACGUGUUCCACAAGCUCCUCCGCGACGGACACCCAAACGUCCUGAAGGACUCACUGAGAUACAAAAACGAACUGAGCGACAUGAGCAGGAUGUGGGGUCACCUGAGCGAGGGGUACGGGCAGCUCUGCAGCAUCUACCUCAAACUGCUGAGAACGAAGAUGGAGUACCACACCAAGAACCCCAGGUUCCCAUGCAACCUUCAGAUGAGUGACCGACAGCUGGAUGAGGCUGGAGAAAGUGACGUCAACAACUUUUUCCAGCUAACAGUGGAGAUGUUUGACUACCUGGAGUGUGAACUGAACCUCUUCCAAACCGUGUUCAACUCCCUGGACAUGUCCCGCUCCGUGUCAGUGACGACCGCCGGGCAGUGCCGCCUCGCGCCGCUGAUCCAGGUCAUCCUGGACUGCAGCCACCUCUAUGACUACACCGUCAAGCUUCUCUUCAAACUCCACUCCUGUCUCCCAGCUGACACCCUGCAGGGCCACCGAGACCGCUUCAUGGAGCAGUUCACAAAGUUGAAAGAUCUCUUCCACCGCUCCAGCAACCUCCAGUACUUCAAGCGGCUCAUUCAGAUCCCCCAGCUGCCAGAGAACCCACCCAACUUCCUGCGAGCCUCGGCCCUGUCAGAACACAUCAGCCCCGUGGUGGUCAUCCCCGCAGAGGCCUCAUCCCCUGACAGCGAGCCCGUCCUGGAGAAGGAUGACCUCAUGGACAUGGAUGCCUCCCAGCAGAAUUUAUUUGACAACAAGUUCGAUGACAUCUUUGGCAGCUCAUUCAGCAGCGACCCCUUCAAUUUCAACAGCCAGAAUGGCAUGAACAAGGAUGAGAAGGAUCACCUGAUCGAGGCCCUGUACAGGGAGAUCAGCGGGCUGAAGGCACAGCUGGAGAGCAUGAAGCUGGAGAGCCAGCGGGCCAUGCUGCAGCUGAAGGGCCGAGUCAGUGAGCUGGAGGCGGAGUUGGCCGAGCAGCAGCACCUGGGGCGGCAGGCAGCCGAUGACUGUGAGUUCCUGCGGGCGGAGCUGGAUGAGCUCAGGAAGCAGCGAGAGGACACGGAGAAGGCCCAGCGGAGCCUGACAGAGAUCGAGAGGAAGGCCCAGGCCAACGAGCAGCGGUACAGCAAGUUGAAGGAGAAGUACAGUGAGCUGGUCCAGAACCACGCCGCCCUGCUGCGGAAGAAUGCAGAGGUGACCAAACAGGUGUCUGUGGCCAGACAAGCCCAGGUGGAUUUGGAACGAGAGAAAAAGGAACUAGAAGGUUCCAUUGAGCGUGUGAGCAACCAGGCCCAGCAGAAGACUCAAGAGCAGCAGGAAAUUCUUGAGAGUUUGAGGCAAGAACUUGCCACCAGCAGACGGGAGCUGCAGCUCCUGCACAGCAGCCUGGAAGCCUCUGCCCAGUCAGAAGCAAAAUGGACGACGCAGAUCGCUGAGCUGGAGCAGGAGCGGGGCAGCUUGGCCAGUGCGGCGGCUCUUCGGGAAGAGGAAUUACUAACCCUGCGAGAACAGUUGGAAGGCACCCAGCUCAAACUGGCCAGUGCACAGGAAUCUAUGAACCAACUCGCCAAGGACCAGCAGAAAAUGCUCCUAGCAGGGUCCAGGAAGGCUGCCGAGCUUGUGAUCCAGGAGGCCCUGAGCCAGCUGGAGGAGCCCGCUCUCAUCAGCUGCGCUGGAGCCGCAGAUCACCUUCUUGCCAAGGUCAAGUCCGUUUUCAGCUGCAUCGAGCAACUGGACAAGAGCCGGAGCCAGUAUCUGGCCUGCCCAGAAGACAUCAGUGGGCUUCUGCACUCAGUGACCCUGCUGGCCCACUUGACCAGCGAGACCCUUGCCCACGGGAGCACCACCAGCCUCCGGGCCCCGCCAGAGCCCGCUGACUCUCUCACCGAGGCCUGUAAGCAGUUCGGCAGGGAAGCCCUCACCUAUCUGGCCUCCCUGGAGGACGAGGAGACCCUGGAGAAAGCAGACAGCACGGCCAUGAGGAGCUGCCUCAGCAAAAUCAAGGCCAUCGGCGAGGCGCUGCUGCCCAGGGGCCUGGAUAUCAAACAGGAGGAGCUGGGGGACCUGGUGGACAAGGAGAUGGCCGCCACUUCGGCCGCCAUUGAAGCUGCCACGGCCCGGAUAGAGGAAAUGCUCAGCAAAUCUCGAGCAGGGGACACAGGAGUGAAGUUGGAGGUGAAUGAAAGGAUCCUUGGUUCCUGCACCAGCCUGAUGCAGGCUAUCCAGGUCCUGAUUGUGGCCUCAAAGGACCUCCAGAGGGAGAUUGUGGAGAGUGGCAGGGGUACCGCUUCUCCUAAAGAAUUUUAUGCCAAGAACUCUCGGUGGACAGAGGGACUCAUCUCAGCCUCCAAAGCCGUGGGCUGGGGAGCCACCAUCAUGGUGGACGCUGCUGACCUGGUGGUGCAAGGCAGAGGGAAGUUCGAGGAGCUUAUGGUGUGUUCACACGAAAUUGCUGCUAGCACGGCCCAGCUUGUGGCUGCCUCCAAGGUGAAAGCUGAUAAGGACAGCCCCAACCUUGCCCAGCUGCAGCAGGCCUCUCGGGGGGUGAACCAGGCCACGGCGGGGGUCGUGGCCUCCACGAUUUCAGGCAAAUCGCAGAUCGAGGACACAGACAACAUGGACUUCUCCAGCAUGACACUGACCCAGAUCAAACGCCAGGAGAUGGAUUCCCAGGUCAGGGUGCUGGAGCUGGAAAACGAACUCCAGAAGGAGCGGCAGAAGCUGGGCGAGCUUCGGAAGAAGCACUACGAGCUGGCUGGUGUCGCCGAGGGCUGGGAAGAAGGAACAGAAGCAUCUCCACCUACACUGCAAGAAGCGAUCCCCGAGAAGGAGUAGAGCCAAGCCAGCGCCCCAGACGUCAGAGUUCUUUUCCGUUUCAUCCUUUGCACAAACUCGCGAGCAUCCAAGGGCCGGUGGAUUCCAAACCAGGGCGCUGCCUGAGUCAGCGGCGGGUCAGCGGAGUGUCCUGGCUGAGGUGGCCCCGGCACUGCUCCCCGUCUUGGGCAGCUCCACGGAUUCCCACUGCUGCUUAUGGUGGUCGCUGGGUCUUUUGGUUUUAUAUUUUGAAAGUUUCACUCACUUAGCCGCCUCUUCCAAAGGACACACACACCCUGGAGCUCUGAGCCAUCGGCCCCUCGCCCCAGCCGCCUCGGCCCUGGUGCCGCUCAGGCUUCGCCUUGGUGCUCCAGCUCAGCCUCCUCGCUGAGUGUCCCGCUGAGCGAGUGCCGGUCAGCAGAGGCCACUCACCAGGGGCGGGCGACAGCUCUCCUCAGGAGGCAGAAGCAGAGCGAGUGCCUUUCCUUCCUAACGCUGGAGGCCAGCCGAGCGCCUCUGUCCACCUUCACAAGCAAGAGGGCUCUGGGGGCCGCCUUCCCAGGGGCUCCUGACCAGGCUCACACACCUGACCACAAGCUUGAACAGAGCUGGCGUGAGCAGCAACACUGCUUCCCUAGAGAGCAUGGCCCGUGCCGUGGCAGGCCACCUCCCGUGAGACCAGGCAGGGCCCUGAGAGGGAGUGUGUGAGGGUUUCCAGUUCCUUCCUCCGCCACCUGCCUUGGCAUCCUCUUGAACCUGAAGAAGACAGUUCCAUGUGCUACCUGAUUGACAGAUCCGGAAGAUCAGACCCACUCGCUCCCAUCAGGAAAGAGCCCUUCUUAUUUAUUACUAACCUCCUUUAAGCAGCAGUCAACAAAGAGACGCUUGGAGCAGUCGCGAUUGCAGGUGUGGCCGAGGCAGGCUUGGACUGCUGCCUCAGACACCUGUCUUCAGGGAUCACCCACAGAGGCAAGGGGCCAUCCCGGGCUGUUCCCGGCUUGGGUCCCAAAGCAAGCAGAUUGCUCAGAGCGUUUGGAGCGGGGAAGACGAGAAAGGGGGGACCCCUGGCUCUGACCCCUUCAGCCACACGUCCCAGCUCUCGUACCCUGAGGAUAGGACCCGGACAGAGGCGCAGCCACCUGAGAUGGGCAGCCUGACAGCACUUUCCCACUCCCAGUGAACCCCAGCAUUAAGUGGCCUUCCGACCUUGGGAAAGAGUGUCUUCCUUCUUUAUCUGUAGCAGCUCACAGAUGGUAGCCAGCAAGCGCUUCCUCAGACUUGCCCCAAGGAACGUCGGGAAGUUUGGCUACAAAGACGGGUUGUGAGACUUCUGUUUGAUCACUGUGAAUCAACCCCCUUCUCCUUCCCCACCCACCCCUGGGCCCUCUCCUUGCAUUUUCUAAAUGGGACGCUCCAAACACUGUCCCCCAGGAACUCCAAUUAGCAUUCCCAGGCGUGCGACCUCCGUGCUGGGCUAAGGAGGUGUCCGUGGUGGCAGCAGGCAGUCUUGGUUCUCAGUGCCUCUCUGCCUAGCGUUUCUCCAUUCCAAGGCUCAGAAGGAGCCCCAUGUAGCACCCCUGGCCCACCUGUGCCAGGUAAGCUGAUGGGUUAAGCGUUCUCAGUGUGGGUCAGCUUUUCCAGAGGUGGUAGUGGAGUCGUCCCUUCUGUGGUCUACGCCAUUCACACCUGCGUGUUCCAAAUUAAUCUGUUCCAAUAUGUACAGAGCAUAUUGGAGCAGAUUAGAAUUUCCUACACUCCCUCUGAAGCCAGUAAUUUUUAAAACACCCCUGAGCUCAACCCAGGUAAUAAAACAGUCAAGAAGGCACUGGAACCAGAGCACAGGCUAGCUCAGUGUCACCUGAGUGUCACUACCUGUCAGAUAUAGCUUGAUUCCUUUCAUAACAGCUCAGAUCAGAAACUGUGCCAUCCUCCAGCCCAAAUCAGUUUGUCUUGCUCUUCUAAAAAUGAACGUGUGGGAGUGGGUAGGAAAUACCAUGAAUGAAAACAAGAAUCACAUCUCAGAGCGAGAAACGAGCCUUGCACCCUGUUGAACCUGAACCAUCUUAGUGACUGCAGUAUCACGGGUGAGUGCAGAGUCCCCACAAGGCGGGCAGCUGCACAGUAAUGGCUUAGGAUGAGACAGAGGUUGACACACACCUGCACCUGUAUCUAAUUUUGCAAUACAGUGCUCUAAUACCUUUAGAGUAAGGAUAUUUGUGUACAUAAUAAGCAAAAAAAAAAAAAAAAAAAAAAAAAUAGAAAAGGCCUGCCUUUGUGGGAUUAUUUUACAUCUAAGCACAGAGUUUAAGUUAGGUAAUAAUGUAGAUGAUGUGCUGAUUCUGCUGCCCACAGAGGUACCUCUAGGAUCCCACCUGAAUACAAGCCCUUAACCCAGUGACUGGAAGAACCAAGCACUGUCCAGAGCAUCCUCUCUUAGAAUUAUUUCAGCUACCAAAUCAGACACCGAGAUUUAUACCGGGUAAUCUGGGGCUCACAAGUACAUGUCAUUUCGGUCAGGCUGGUUUGCUUUGGCCUCUUGGCCCUGAGGAUGGGUGGGUUCUCAACUGGCACCUGAGAAGUUCUCACUUCCCUGUCGGCUCCUUAGUGUAGAGGGGUCUCCUGGUUUUUAAUAGCUGGUAAAUGUCCUGCUAACUGCCACCUUUCUACGACUCUGGAAAUCCUGCCAAGGAAAGCCUUCUCAACAUGGGCCUUCCAACCAGAGUGGCUUUGCCUUCUCUCCGCCAUCUUGGUCCUGCAGAGACUGGACUGCCCGUAGCAUAGGAAACCACCACCAUGGAGCCUGCCAGCCGUCAAUGCAGCAAACCAGUCAGCCUUUGGCUGCUCCCUUCCUUCAUCUCCCAGGACCAGUAACACACCGUGGUGGCACUGCCUCUCAUGCCACCAGGAGCCAAAGCAAUGGGAAAUAAUGGGUUAGAUGCCAUUGGAUCCAAUUCUGAGAGUAGAUCUUUCCAGACAUGUCUUUCAGGUGACCCUCAACUACCUCAGGUUUGAAAGCCCUAAAGCUGAUUACCACUCACAGGGACAAACCGAGGGGGUUUGGUUAAAUCUUGGUGAUAACACAAAUGUCUCAAACUUAUAACAAACUUACAUUUAGGUUUGCAGGGAUGGGGUUGGGUCUGGUUUUCUUCCGUUUUUAACCUCUUCCCCAGUUCUCCAUUAAAAUAGUCCCUAUAAAUUUCAUUUUUCACUGAGUGCCUACCUUCCCAGGGCAGGUAGCCACUGGCUUUGGUUUCCUUCCAACAAUACUUUUAUUAUGGUAUUAAGAACUUUCUUUGUAUAAUACAUUGCAUCUGUGUUUUCAAUUUUUCAAAUAAAUAUUUCAGCCUGGCAAUGGAGAAUAGUAGUGAUAACUGACCAGUGGCCCCGAGGUCUGGGCUCAGUGAAAAGCCUGUCCUGAGGUCUGUGGAAUC